GGGCAACUUUAUCCCGAUCGCGAAUUAGCGCAGCGCUACCGCUUGACCAAACACCUGGGACAUUCGUGCACCGAUCGGUAUAAGAGUCGAUGGUGUCCGGUCAACCGUCACUGAAAGCACGAGCUGCCCUUCUACGUCCUUCGACCGUCAAUUCUCUCCCCUGGUCGAUGUUUGUUUUCUAACGAAGUACACGUUCAGGCAACAUGGCGCCCGUUCCCACCGAUUACACGCAGAUGACAAGGAGGCAGAUUGUGUUCUCCUUCAGCAUAGUCACAUCGCUCUUCUUCCUCUGGGGGUUCUCAUAUGGACUUCUGGAUGUCUUGAACGCACACUUCUUGGAGAUCUUCGACCUAUCGAGAACAGAGACUACCCUGCUUCAAUUCGCCUAUUUCGUAGCAUACUUGGUGGUUGCACCUCCUAUGGGAAUCUUCAUGAGACGUUACGGGUAUAAGAUUGGCAUACAUGUCGGACUGGGACUGUUUUCCAUCGGUGCUAUACUUUUCUGGCCAGCGGCUGUUUACCGCCAGUACGGCAUGUUUAUCGCCUUCACGUUCCUCAUCGCGUCGGGUCUGGCCACGUUGGAAGUGGCAGCCAACUCGUACAUGACGCUAUUGGGACCACCCCAAUACGCCGCUUUCCGUUUGACACUGGCUCAAGCGUUCAAUGGGAUUGCAACAGUAAUCGGACCCUUGAUCGCUUCGAAGACGUUCUUCAACGAGAGCGACGACAGUGGUUCUCUCGGGUCCGUGCAAUAUGUGUACCUGGCGAUGAGUUGCUUCGGCGUACUCCUCAACGUCCUGCUCAUAUUCGCUAGACUCCCUGAAGUCCGUCAAGUCAUCGCUCUCGACGUCGAAGAAACCACGUCACUCAGAGGCUUCCUCAAGCAAAAGCACACCAUAUAUGGAUUUGUAGCGGAAUUUGCAUACACAGGAGCACAAGUUGCGGUGGCAUCGCAUGUCAUCUUUUACCUCACUCACCAACCCGGAGUGAACACUAUCAGCGAUGCUACCGCUUCCAACAUGUUCUCGGGCUGUCAAGCCGUUUUCACGGUUGGGAGAUUCAUCGGCGUGGUUUACCUUCGCUACAUCGACCCCUGUUUCUCGCUGUUCAUCAACGGAGUAGGACUGAUAAUAUUCUCGAUAUUAACUUCUGUCAUUCCUGGUAAAGGUGGGAUUGCUUGCCUUUUCCUGAUAUUCUUCUUCGAGUCGACUUGCUACCCGACCAUCUUCUCUGUGGCCACCUCGGACCUUGGAAUCUAUGCCAAAUUAGGAUCUGGUUUGAUCAGUGCCGGUGUCAGCGGAGGAGCCGUUUGGCCCGCCAUGCAGAGCGCUGUGUCGGAUCGCUAUUCCGCACACAUCUCGUUCCUUAUCCCCAUGAUCGGCUUCAUACCUCUGACGAUCUACGGGUUGGUCAUGUGGAUCAGUCGAUCCAAGAGGUACAACGACGGCAGGAUCACCGUCAAGGUCUACCAGCCCCCUCUUGAAAUCGACAAUAUCGGAGAAGACGCAGACUUCAACCACACGGAGGGAUUCGACACCAAGGCCGAGACGGAAUUUGCCGAACAGAAAUCCAGGUAGGGUGGGAAUCGGGGGCUGGAUCAAUGACUACCAGCUGGGUCGCCGAGCGUCCCUUGAAUGGCACCAACAGUAUACUUGUAUAAUUCAUUGGGACAGAUGCAACGAAAGAUACUGGAUA